UUCACUGCAUUUACAAUGGCAGAGGCUGAGAUUAACAUCUCCAAGAGUACAGACCCUUGGUGGAUAGCUACAUACACUGACCACAAGAAGGAUUGUGGAUACACAGUGACGAGACUGAAGGAUCUCCCCAAAUUGCACAAAGCUGUUUGGAAAGAUGACUUGCAAAGAGUAAAAACAGUCUUGAUAGGCCUCAAAAAGACAAUGUACAUCGAUUACUUCGACAAGGAUCAAAGGACUGCUCUCCAUUUUGCAUGUGCACGUGGUCACGAUGGCAUGGUGAAGUCUAUCUGUUUAGCUGGAGCCAAUCCAAACAUUGCCGAUGGUCAGGGGAAAACACCUUUGCAUAAAGCUGUGGAGAGUAGGAACUAUUCAUCAGUGCAGCACCUCCUCAACACUAGAGCAGACCCAGAUGUGAUGGAUGAGUUUGGCCGCACUCCCCUACAUCUUGCCGCAAAGAUGGGAGACAUACCAGCUGUACAGUUACUCCUGGAGAGAAGUGCAAGAACUGAUCUUGUAGAGAGGGAUGGGUUGACAGCUCUCCAUGUAGCCACACUCAACAACAACCAUGAGAUAGUCAAUUUAAUCAGCCACUUCUCACAAGACACAGAACAAGACAGUGACAGCGACCUGGUCAUCAUCGAUGAGGAGGAAGACUUUGAAAUUGUCAGUUCUGUUAACGAGGGCGGCAGAACUUGUUCCACUCCAGUGAGCCAAAACCGGCUAAAAUCUGCAAACAGUUCAGUGUCGACAAAAAGCAGUGAUUUUGAGCUAAUUUUCGAUACUGAUGAUGACAGUAACAUGAUGAGUAGAUCUUAUUAUCCAUCAGACUUUGAGAGCAGCUCAAGUUCUAUCGAAUACUCUUCCGAAUCUGUUACUGAGGUAACGACUGAGAACGAAUCUCAGUCAAAUAAUAUCACAAGUGACACUAGCGGUGAAGGUUGGGACACAGAGAGUGUGGUCAAUAUUAAACUUCGUACUCUCGACAAACACCAAUAUGCUAGUGGGAGACGCCGUGUCCUUACAAUUGAUCAACGCCAAGGAAUGUCCAUUGCUAGGCUGAAAGAGGAAGAGGAAAUAGCUAGUGAUUGUAGGAUGGCUAACAUUGUCAAGGAGGUGCUUGGCGAAUCUAGUGAAGAAGAUGAAUUUGUUGGAGAGGACAAAAACAAUGCUUUUAAGGAGGUUCAUAGUGCAUACAACAGUAGAUGUAUAGAGGGAGUCACCGUGGAGAUAGCGGAAGCUAAUGAUGAUGACAGUAGUCCAGAUGUGAUAGAGGAUACAGAUGGGGAGGAGGCUAAUGAUGCUGGUGGUCAACCAGAGCUAACAGAGGAGCAACUGUUGUUAGCUCGACAGUUGAAGUUGUUGGACUCUUUCCGAAUGUUGAUGGAGGAGUCGCUACAAGUAACCAAGAUACACCAAACCCCCUUGCUUAAGGACAGGUGCCCACUAUACGCACACAACGAUCCAAUCAUGUUCAACUUCAAAGACAUUGCCAUCUACUUUGUGAACGAGCCAAAUAGGGCGCCUAUCGGGGAGAACCUCUUUGGAGUGGCUGGCAAGGUUGUAGCACUGACAUGGGUGGACCCAUCUCAGAUAGUUCAGGCCGACCCAACAGACAAGAAUUCUUUCAAAGCCUUGAUCUCAAAAUCACCACCUCUGAUGCAGAUUAUCGGACUAGGUGUGUUUAUGUGUAUGCACUGGGAGGAGAAGCGUUUGUUUGUAACGUCUCGCGAUGUACAUCAAUCGUCCCCUCUCCUGGCGCGGGUCAACACACUGGUCCUGAGUGCCCCCGACUGCCCCAUCACUCACUAUGCAUGGCCACCAUACACUCAACUCAACGCUGACACUUUCGAGCCACCAAAACCUGAGGUUACCCCUGAAAAGAUAAGGAAUAGUAUAGCAUGUGCAACACAGCAGAUGAGCUCUGCCCCCGUACAGAGCACACCUUACAACAUCCCACCGUUAAUGCCACCCCCCUCUGUACAGCCGACCCCGUACCUCAGCUUCACACUCCCACACUCCUCACACCCGAUGCCGCCCCCACCACCCUCACCAUUCACAGCCACACUCUGUCACCCACACAACAAGCCACAACAAGUCUACCACCAGUACCAACAAAUCAUACAAACUCAGCCUGGAAGGCAACUCCAAGCUCCCGGUCAACAACAGAUGUUGAAUCAGAGUCAGUAUUCAUACCAUCCAAACUACCUUCAGAUGCCUGGCCCUCCCCCGAGUGGCUUACCUCCUCCUCCCCACUUACCUAAUAUACCUCAUCAUAACAAUCCCUCGGUGAUACCUCGGCAUAGCAAUCCCUCGGUGAUGCCUCGGCAUAGCAAUCCCUCAGUGAUGCCUCGGCAUAGCAAUCCCUCAGUGAUGCCUCGGCAUAACAAUCCCUCGGUGAUGCCUCGGCAUAGCAAUCCCUCGGUGAUGACUCACUAUACAAGAACGACAUUGCAGCCAGUCAGGAGACAAACACACACUGGCCUCAACCAACUACUGCACUUGUUACAGCAACAGCACAAUCUACCUCCAAUAUUGCGACCACAGGAAUGGUUCACCUCUAUAUGAAUAGUUUUUCAGUUGAACACAUGUCAGUAUUAUUUAUUAUCAUGCUCCUGGUGUACAUAAUGGUUUUAUUUCUGUGAAGAGAUGCUUGUGUUGAGA